UAGGAGCAGUAUUUGGAGCGCUGCUUGAUGGCGUUGUAGCAGUGACGUCGAAGGCUACAAUGUUUGAAACCCACCUCAGAGAUCUCAAAUGCACCCUAGAAUUGUUUCAACAAGUGGAUGAAGAUGUAAGGCAACAUCCCAACAUAUUGUUUUGCCCAAUGCAGGGCCUAGAAACGUUUGAAAUACAAAUGGAGAAGGGUGUUCAGCUCGUUGAAAAGUGCUCCAAGGUUUGUCCAUGGAACGUGUUCGAUAAGCCUAUGUACACCAGAAAACUUAUUGCAUUGGAUGCAUCUCUUAGAACACUGUUAAGUGUACUGACAGCACACAUAACAAGUGACCUGAGGGCUCGGGUGAUCAAUGUGGCGACAGUGGUGAACCAUAUCAAUGUGAAUAUUGCGGCACAAAACCAAAAUGUAAAUCAAAUUAGAGGUUGGUCUGCAAUACCUGAGCCUCCACCCUUUACAGUUGGAUUGGAUGCGCAUGUGGAGGAGUUGAAGUUGGAGCUUCUUAAGGACGAGGCAUCAAUGCUUGUGGUGACUGGUCUUGGAGGAUGUGGGAAAACCACACUGGCACAAAAGGUUUGCGAAGAUCAGAAAGUCAAAGAGAAAUUCAGGAGCAAUAUCUUCUUCGUCAUUGUUUCAAAGAAAACCAACUGCCUUGUUGUACAAGAACUAUGUCAAAAAGCCGGAUCCCUGGUACCUGCUCUCCAAGACGAAGCAAUUGCCUUUAACUGGCUGCAAGAAUUUCUGAAGAAAACAGGACAGGAUCCUCUACUUUUGGUCCUGGAUGAUGUAUGGCUAGGAUCAGAAUCCCUUCUUGAUAAGUUUGGUGAAUUCAAAAGGCCAAAUUACAACAUUUUGGUGACAUCAAGAUUUCAAUUUACAAGAUUUGGCCCUGAAUAUCCAUUAAGAACAUUGGAACAAGGAGAUGCAAUGACUCUUUUUCGUCAUGCAGCAUCCCGACCAGAUAGGAGCUCUGAUAUACCGGAAGAUCUAGCGAAACAGAUAGUACAGCUCUGUAAGGGAUUUCCACUUGCCAUUACAACGAUCGGAAGAUCAGUGUGCGAACAGCCUACAGAGAUCUGGGAGAAAAGAGUAGCAGAAUUGUCUAAAGGUUCUUCUAUUCUUGAUUCUGAGGAUAAUUUCCUUGCUUGCCUCAAAAGUAGCUUAGAUGCCUUGGAUGGACGAAUGCCUAUCAUCAAGGAAUGCUUCAUUGACCUUGCUUCAUUUCCUGAAGACCGAUGUAUCCCCGCUGUUGCUCUCAUUGAUAUGUGGGCAGAGUUAUAUGGACUAGAUAAGGAUUCUUGGUCCAUUGCGAACAUCCGCGAGCUAACCAAUCGUAAUUUGGUGAAUCUAGUCACAAGGAAUGGGAAGAUGGAGAUGGAUGGCUAUUACAGUGAACACUUUGUUACCCAACAUGACAUGCUUAGAAAUCUUGCUAUCCAUCAGACUGGUCAAGAUGAAAUAGGACAGGAGAAAAGGCUGAUUAUAGAAAUUUAUGGUGACAGUGGUGACAAUCUCCCUAAUGGGUGGACAGAACAGAAGAAUAAACCCAAGAAGACCCGCUUAUUGUCUAUCUCAACUGAUGGAUUGUCCUCGGCAAAAUGGCACGACAUGAAUCUACCAAAAGCUGAGGUUCUAGUUCUGAAUUUUCAGACAGAGAACUAUGUUUUACCCAAGUUUGAGUUGCCUGAAGAGAUUGGUGAAAUGAAUGGUUUAAGGAAGAUCAACAUGGGACAAUGCUCAAGACUGCAAGAGCUGCCAGUAUCAAUUUUGAAUCUUGGGGAGUUACGGGAAGUGAUAUGUGAUGAAGAGACAGAAAACUUAUGGGGGGAGCCUUUCAAAUCCAGUCUCAAAAACAUAAACAUAACAGUGGCAAAAGAACAACACAACCUUAAUUGGCUCUACUACAAGGCUUGA